AUGGUUGAAUUGUAUGAAAAUAGGGUAUGGAUCGAUGGGUGUUUUGAUUUCACACACCACGGUCAUUCUGGAGCCAUUCUUCAGGCAAGAAGAACGAUUCCAAAAGAUCAACGUGAUGGAUCACUUCUCAUCUGCGGAGUUCACAACGACGCAGAUAUCGAACAUCACAAGGGUGGUAAGCCUGUCAUUCACGAACAAGAACGGUAUUACCAUACAGAGAGCAACAAAUGGUGCGACCAAGUGGUGAAAGACGCACCUUACGUGACAGAACCCGAGGUUCUUGAUUCGUACGGUUGUAAAUACGUUGUUCAUGGGGACGAUAUAACCACGGAUGCAAACGGUGAAGAUUGUUACCAGCAGAUGAAGGACAACGGCCGUUUCAAAGUGGUGAAACGUACCGAGGGUGUAAGUACCACCGAGAUCAUUGAUAGAAUACUGAGGAAUGUCCCCCAGACAAACCAGCAAAAAGCAAGUGUCGAUCGUGAGUUGCUGACCAUGUACAGUACAGAUAAGUCAGGAUACGAGCCCUGGAGUUGGGUAUUUGGCCAAAAUUUCGAGGAUGUGAUAGUAGAAGGAACUGGCAGUGUCUCUGAUCAGAAUUGGGUUGUAGUAGAGGAACCAGAUGGGUUUGAUCUGUUCAAUGUGGGACAUAUCCAAGAGUUACAGAAAUGGAAAGAAGCAGGCAAAAGAGUGUGCUGCAGCAUGUAUACCGACAAAGACGUGUUCAUGACAUUGGAGGAGAGGACUUUAAGCGUGCUUAGCUGCAACGUGGUGGACGGUGUGCUUCUUUAUCCUGUGUCACGUGACACAACGACUGCCAAAACUAUCACCACAUCUCUCAAAGACAACAUCAUACAAAGAAUUAAUCACGAUAGGGAUCAUUAUAUUGAAAGAAAUAUAAAAAAGGGCAUUACGUAUGAGAACUAG